AUGAAUUACUCUCCAAAAGCUAAUAAAAUGAAAAGAAAACUCAAAUAAGAAUUAACUGAAGAAUAAAGACAAGAAAUAAAAGAAGCUUUUGAUUUAUUUGACACUGAAAAGACUGGAACUAUCGAUUACCAUGAAUUAAAAGUUGUUAUGAGAGCAUUAGGAUUUGAUGUCAGAAAAACUGAAGUUGUUUCAUUAAUUAGAGAAUACGACAAGGAUGAAACUGGUAGAAUUGAAUAUAAUGACUUCGUAGAAAUUAUGACUCAAAAAUAUAAUGAAAGAGAUCCCACUGAAGAAAUAUUAAAAGCUUUUAAAUUAUUUGAUGAAGAUAAUACUGGAAAAAUCUCUUUAAGAAAUCUUAAGAGAGUAGCUAGAGAAUUAGGAGAAUAGUUGACUGAUGAAGAAUUGCAAGCUAUGAUUGAUGAAUUUGAUAGAGAUUAAGAUGGAUAAAUUUCAGAAGAAGAAUUUUUAAGUAUAAUGAAAUAAACAAGCAUAUAUUGA